AUGUCUCACCUGGCUAUUCCAUUAUCUGCGAGCGAAAUAUGUACCUUAUUGGGCUACGAAAAGGAAGCUGCAUUCACUAAUAAUACAGAAAAUCCGUCAGAGAUAAACAAUGACGUUCUCUUCAGAGAAGGAAAAACUAGACGAUGUGAAGUGACAUUCACACCUCGCCUUGUGUUGAGCGACCUGCAAGGCAGUCUUGGAGCGCUGACUGGAGAUGGCGGUUUGUAUGAGGAUCACGUGCAGCCCGAUCCAUCGCUUGCUCUCUGGCCGCCAGAUAAGGUGCAAGUGGAGGUCGCUGAGGAGCCUCUCGAGAAGAACGAAUUCCUUAGCGACUUGGAUGCCGGUUGCAGUAGGGUGGAACUCGUGCGUAACAGUGAUGAUCUGAAGAGAGAGAAAGCCAUCCCGAAACGAUACAAGCUGGAUGACUCUGUCAACGUUUGGUCGGAUUAUCUGAGAACUUUCUACCAUCCCAGAUCCCUGGCUAUCACUAAUAAAUACAAGCACAAUGACGAGAUUACUCCUUUCAAGUUUUUCGGCCAGGGCACCGCCUUGUGGAAAAAUGAGGAUUACCAGGAAGAUUUCACUGAUCGUAUCCGCGCCUACAUGGAAGAAGCAGACAACGCUCAGGGCUUCCAGGUACUAAUGGACGCCCACGACGCAUUCUCGGGCAUGUCCUGUUCCGCUCUGCAGCACCUGAAGGACGAGUACCCGUCGAAGGCCAGCCUCGCUGUGGUCUGCAUGCCGGCCUGGUUCGGCGAGUCCUCCACUCAGGAUGACUCGGCGAGAGUGCUGAACUGGGCGUUGACUCUUGGCUCGCUGCCGGAACUCUGCUCACUAUUCACACCGGUCAGCACGGUCGAGAGUGGCUGGCGGUAUCCAAGCACGUACCGGACGUUUCAGCAUCUCAAUUACAAUCACCAACUGCACUACCACAGCAGUGCAAUCGUGGCGGCCGGUCUGGAGACGGCCAGCCUGCUAUAUCGAGUGCGCUCCACACGCUCGGCGAGUCUGCAGGACGUGACGAGCGACCUGCGAGUGCUGGGCCGAGCGGCGGCCGCCCUCAGCCUCAGGCUGCCUCUGGCCAUUGGCCGGCACUCGUCGCUGCUCGAGACACUCGAGAAGUGGGUGGAGCCGGCCUCGCUGUUCACCAGCCUCACUCCGCACUGCUCGUUAGACGGCCGCGUCGACCUGCAGGCUGUGGUCAUACGGGGUGUCGGCAAGGAUAGACUCAUGGGUAAACUACCAGAUGGGGCUGACCCCAGCAACCCAGCCUAUCAGUGUCGCACAGUGGAGGAAAUGCUGAGUCUGUUCAUAUCGUUCUCAAACCAGGACCACAGUGCCAGGACAAGGGUGACGUCAUGCGCAGACCCUCUGGGCACCUCAGAUCCGUUCCCGCACAUAUUCAACGAACAGCUGAUCGCAUCUGACGGAUCUCUCAAGGAGUAUGUCGAUGACUGCAGUCAUACAGGUGUCCAAAAGAGCGCUGCCUUAGCCGGCCUGCAUAGCACGGAUUCUCUGGGCGAGAUGCUGCAGUCUCUUCACAGAGAAACAAAGCGAAUCAAGGUCAGCCGACUGCCAGGCUUCUUCGAAUCGGGUCUGGAGAGUUUGGAGUGUGAAGAGAAACUGGAACAGCUGUUGUGUCUGAGUGAGUGCUACGGAGACUCCUAUGACCAAUGAUCUAUGAUCCUAUGAUCAUGGGUGACGCCUAUGACCAGUGAUGUAUGAUCUAUGAUCUAUGCGUGAGUGUCGCCUUAGGUGCGCACAGAUAUACGCGCCUCGAACACGAUUCGCACACGAUUCGCUCCGAUCAUGAACGUUACGCGAGAUGUUACGCAAGGGUUCGCAUUGUGUUGACUUCGCUACAACCUAACCUCAAAAUGUGAAACGUUCAAUCCAGCUGAUCGGGUGACAAAAACUAAAAAAAAAAAUAUUCUGACCAGGGGAUUCUGGUAGCCUAAUAAUACAUUAGGGGUAUUCACAAUGUUGGAGUUAGCUGGCUAAGUCGAGCUAUUCGCUAACUCGCUUAUGUAUAUCAAUAAAUAAAUAAAAAAAAACUCCACCUAUUUGCUAAGUCUGUGUUAACUCAAUGCUAUAGUGGUACGUUAGGAAAAAAUUAACAAACGAGAUAGCAGGUUUGAGUCCACUAACUCUAGCUAUCUCUGUUAAAGCGGCAGCCAUAUGUUUAUAAUCUUACUUUUUAACUAACUUUGAGUUACACAAAUUAUCCGCUUGGAUCGCUACUGCAGUUAGCUAAUAGCAGAUGGUUUUAGAUGGGGCGUUCACAAUCCAGAGUUAGCAAAUAGCACUUUAGCUGGCUAAAACAACAAUGGGCCCGUUCUGUGUACAUGGAAUGUGUUUAAUUGUCCGAUUCACAAUUUACCAAGUAAAAAGUUCCGCGUUCCAUGGGAGGAAUUUUGACAGAUUCUGUUCCAGAAUCCUGUUCCAGUCCCAACUUUCUGCCUCACAGUUGAAGUGUGGUAAAUUGUCCGACCUGGUACAGUUCCAACUAUCUGAGCUCUCAUUGGUCGAUUGUUGUAGUCUGCUUGCUUCUCUGCAAGCUAGUCACGUGAUGGAACAAUUUACGAUUGGAACUGGAACAAUUUACUGUACACAGAACGUACACAUUUUGAAUACCCCUAAUAUGUUUAUAUAAUAAAUUGAUGAUAAUUAUUAUGUUUGUUGCAUUUAUGCUGAUGUUUUAUUACAAAAAAGGUUAUGUCUGUCAAUGUUUUGAAAGGUGAAAGGCGUAGUGGGGAGUUUGGCUUCUUUCUUCUAAAUUUUAAUAUGCUAGUACCUAUUAUUAAAAAUGUUUUUUU